AUUUUUUCUAAAGGGGAAGUAACUAUUGUUUGUUGACAAAAUUUCUAAAUUGUUAGAAAACGUGGGCGCUAAACAUGACACAAAUUAUCCUAAAUAAUGGCGUGAAGAUGCCAAUUAUUGGACUUGGAACGUUUAAGAUUAAAGGGAGUGAACUGGUAAAGACUAGUUUAGAAUCAGCUGUAGCCGCUGGAUACAGAGCUAUUGAUACUGCUGGUGUGUAUAAAAAUGAGGUUGAUAUUGGAAGGAGUAUAAACGAUAUUCUACCUCAGCAUGGUUUAACCCGAUCAGAUAUUUUUAUUACAAGUAAACUAGGACCCAAAGAUCAUGGCAAGGAAAAAUGUCGAGCUGCAUGUUUGAAAUCGAUCGCUGAUUUACAAUGUGAAUAUCUAGAUCUGUAUCUUAUACACUGGCCUGGAGGUCAAGGUCUUCAACCUAGCGACAUAAAACAUAAGCAGUUACGUCAGGGUAGUUGGCAAGCCAUGGAAGACUUAUAUGAGGAAGGUAAAAUUCGUGCUAUAGGUGUAUCAAAUUAUUUACAGAGACAUUUAGAAGAAUUAUUGGAAUAUUGCAGAGUGCGUCCAGUAGUCUUACAGGUUGAAUAUCAUCCACAUCUGGUACAACAUCAACUAGUAGAAUUCUGUAAGAAAAAUAAAAUAACUUUUCAAGCGUAUUCUUCACUUGGUACUUCUGAUACAGAGAACAAGCUUUUAAAAGAUGAAGUAGUGAACAGGAUAGCAAAAAGUUUAUCUAAAACAUCAGCCCAGAUACUACUUAGAUGGGCUGUACAACAAAACAUAGGUGUUAUACCUAAAUCAACUAACAUCAACCAUUUACAAGAGAAUAUUGAUAUAUUUUCAUUCAGUCUAUCAGAUGAUGAUAUGAAGAGUUUAACAUCACUCAACCAAUCACAACAUUACUGUUGGAAUCCAGAAUGUGUUUUAUAGUGUUGGUAUAGACAAUAUACAUACAAUAUAACUGGGAUGUCUUUCUAGACACAUUACUACAAAACAUUACAACCACUCAGUUGUUGUCACCCCUGUUCAUCUGUUGCUUGUGGACACUCUAGAAGCCAGUCAAAUUUUAAUCAUUUCUGACAAUUACUUCAUGGCUUAUUACUCGUCGUAAAUACUCACAUUCUCUUCAACAGAGGGGGGUUGGAUGGGUAAAUGGUUAGCGUGUGCUCAUUGUAUCAUAAAGUCUGUCAUUGAGUCAACUGGUGUGGUUUCGAUUCCCCUGUUGCACGUGACAAGGAGUAAGGUCGCCUGUCCAACCUCGUGGGUUUUCUCCGGGCCCUCCGGUUUCCUCCCACUGCUAAAAGACCCCUACACGUAAGCGAAUUAUUGAAAUAAAAUUAAACCAUAUGUUAGUCCCGAAAUGACCUAGUUUGUGUUGAGUGGAUGUUAAACCCCAUUUCUCUCUCCCCUCAACAGAAUAUAUAUGCUACAACCCGUGUGGACUGCCCGUAAAACUUAGCCAAUGUUGGUGUAUGUUACACUGCCUGGCAACCUACCUUUUAAAAUGUUAAUGAGUUGAUCGAAACAACGAUUGUCAGAAACUGUCACCUUUAUGUCUGGACUAAUCAAAUAAAACUACAGGACGAAUUCAUAGAUUAAUAUUCUGGGGGGUUGGUCACAAUAUACCUGUCACAUAGCCAGGUGAGUUAAAAUGACGUCUGCAUCACAACUUAAAUGAACCUACUCGAUCUGUCCAAUAUUCAUUAUUCUCAUAAUUUUUUUUUAAAAUGAUGUGGCAAGUUGAUCGGUGGUGUACUUUCUGUACAGUAUUAUGGCACCAUUUCACAUAGAGGGGAGUUGGAUGGCCGAAUGGUUAGCAUGUGUGCACUGUAUCAUACGGCCUGUCAUUGAGUCAACUAACGGUUUUCGAUUCCCGGUUGUAUGUGACAACGAGUAGGGUCGCCUGUCCAACCUCGUGGGAUUUCUCCGGGUCCUCCGGUUUCCUCCCACUGCCAAAGACCCCUACAACGCACAAGCAACAGAGAAGAUGGCUUGAUAGCUUCAUGCUUAGUUAUGGUGUACCUCUAGAUGUGCAGUCUGGGGAGGUUCUUGAGUUUUGGCCACCAACCACUACACAAAAAACAAACACACUUUCCGACAGUAAGCAGUGGUAUUGUUAGAAAAAUAAGUUUGUGUCAGGCAUCUUGUAUCCUUCUAUUGUCCUGUUAGAAAAACUACUUUUUUUUUUCAAGGCAGUAAACCAAAAAAGCUGCUCCCAGAAAAGUGCAGCCCGGGACGGACUCCCCCCAGACCCCUCGCCCUGCUAAUGUGGUAGUUAAUGGAGGGGAGGUUAUCAAUAAAACAAGUCUUCUAUUCAUUACAUUAUGUAUUUUAUUUAUUUUCCUUUUCUCAACAAACAUUAUUCAUGUGGUUAGAGUUAUCUUAUCUUACAGGUCAAUAUACAAACACAGUCAUUUAUGUUAAAAUGGAGGCUAGAAUUCAAUUACUGUCACAAUUAUUUAAAAUCAGUGUGCUGAAUAAUACGAGACCUUCACACAGCUAUUUAUAAUCAGUGUGCUGAUUAACACAGCUACAGUAUUUCUGAAAGUUCUCGACCCCUUUAAUUGAUUAAUCUGUAGGAAAUCUACGGUGCAAGGUUUUGGUGGAGGGUCAAUGUUCUCUAACAACUCGGCUUUCAUACAAUGAUUAUAAUUGAAAUAAUAAACAGAGCUGAUCCUUAAACAUAAUAUAGUCUGGUAUAUCAAGUCAUUUGCUACUGUGCAACAACUUGAUUAUCCAGUGCAGUAAAUGAAUUCUAGCCCAAUGAAUUGAACAUUGUAUUGUUUAUCUUUAUGGAAUUUGUGUAUACACCAGGUUACAAAAUGUUGCUAACUGGUCAAAUUGUCACAUAUUUUAUUUGCUACAGAUAAGACACUACACAAAAACUAUAAAUUUGAGCAUAUUUAAAAUGUGUUCUGACUUUUAUUUUAUGGCUUGUAAACUGAGUGACAUAACCUCUUCAGUCGGUGCCAGGCAAAUAUAAUCAAAACGUUGCUUUGUCAAAAAGCAGAACACAAAAGUUAUAUUUACAUACACUGAAACAAGCUGCUAACAAAAUGUUCAAUUUAGUAUGAGUGUAAGUCUUCAUUACAUCUAUCUAGAAAUCUAGUCAGCAGUGUCAGUGGGUUAGCUUUAUUGUAAGGAAGUGUAAAUUAAUUAGUGACAAUUUAUAUGAUUUUAUUAUUAUGUACAAUAUUUGAACACUCCUAGUAAAAAAUAAAUACAUUUGAUAUACCAUAAUAUAUUAUCUUAUUGUAAUGUUAUCAUCAUAGGCAGGAAUAACAAUAAAACUAUAGGGGGGAGUAAUUCACACAGUUCUCUCCCCUUAUGAGUUUAGCAAGGUGUCUUUGUUCCAGAAUAAAA